GUUUUCUUUUAGCUAUGCCAUUGAUGCAAUAGUUACUCAGUCUAGUCCAAUCAUCAGAGAUUUUUUCGUGCAAAAAUAAAUUUAUUAAUACUUUUGUAUUAAUAAUUUAUGCAGAUAUUGGACUGUGGCGUGCAAGUAUAUUAGGUUUAAAAGUAUAUGUGGUAGAAGCAUACUAAUUAACAUUAAGCUCUUAUUAAAAAGUGAAAGAUGCCAUAUUAAAACAUUUUAUUCGUGAUUUGAUAUGCCCAUGUGGAGAAAGCAUGAGAAUUUUAAUUAAAUUAAAGUCGUUUUUAGUUUUUCAUUUUUAAUGAAUGAUGAUGACUUUUAAAUAAAAGAAUAUAUAUAAUUAAGAGAGUUAAUGCAUUUAUGUGUUGAUCGAAGUAGUGCCAUUAAUUAUUUUCUAAUUGUAAUUAAAGUAAAUUCAAUGAGCACUCAAUUUCAACUUUUAGAAACAUGAAUUAUGCCUGAAGACUAACUUAAUCUGUUGUCAGAGGCUCUGGUGAUAAUGGUGAAACAUUAAGAGUGUUUAUUUGUUUUUGGAGCACCAUCGUCAGUAGCAGUUUCCGCGAGUAGCUUUUGCGUGUGCAAUCGCACAGCUUUUGUUUGUCUACAUCAUAGUAAUAAUAAAUCAAAACCUGUAAAGGAUGACAAUGGGCGAUGAGACUCCAGUUACAUCACUCGUUCUUCCAGUAAUUUUACGACCUAUUUUGGCAAAGUUAGAAAGGCAGAAUGUAAUGGCUGCUCAGACUCUUCGCAAAGCACUAGCUAAUGCAGAACUCAAUCACCCAGGGAUUACCUAUGAUUUAGUAUUAGGUCUAGUACGCAGAGCAGAUCUUAAUCUAGAUAUGAAUGAAAGUGUACUUCGUUUACAAGGUCUAGCAUCAGAUUGUGAUGUUGUUGAAUAUCGAUCGGGACGUCCAGAAAAUGCAUUUCAAGAACUUAACAAGAAAUCUACAUCUUUGAAAAGGAUAUUGAGUAGAAUUCCUGAUGAAAUAACUGAUCGUAAAACAUUCCUUGAAACAAUCAAAGAAAUAGCAAGUGCUAUCAAAAAAUUAUUGGAUGCUGUUAAUGAGGUCACAGGAUAUAUACCAGGCUCAGCUGGAAAACAGGCUCUCGACCAACGUAAAAGAGAAUUUGUUAAAUAUAGUAAACGUUUUAGCAAUACCCUUAAAGAAUAUUUUAAAGAGGGACAAGCUAAUGCAGUAUUUGUGAGUGCUUUAUACUUGAUUCUUCAAACAAAUAUGAUAAUGCUCACUGUAGAGGAUAAGUGCGAAUGAAAGAUUAUAUGAACUACCAAUAUAUUAUUAGAGAUGUGCGCUUUUAUUAACAAAUG